AAAAGUUUGUUUUCCGAGAAAAAUGGCUCAUCCUGUAGUCCCGGGGCUGGCCUGGAACUGAUGGCAAAUCCUCCGGCCUCAGCCUCUCAAGCACCGGUGAAUCACAGCGGUGGGCCACCCCACCAUGGGAGUGAAAAAAAAACCACCAAAAACUGAAAGGGGGGUGGGGAGAAUCUCAGUGAAGCGAAUCCUCACUGACAGUUCUCAUGACCCUCAGAAUCCCCGAGCCUCGACUGAAAAAAAAAAAAAAAAAUAGGGUGCAGCUCCCCCGGCGCCCGCCGGGCGCAUCUGGAAGAUGGGCUUGCGCGCCGCGCUCCGGCAGGCGCAGCGCCCUCGCCGCGGGCGUCUCGGUGGGAGGCGGAGAGCGCGCAGGGCGCCGCCGCGGCACCGUCUCCGCGCCGCCAGGGCCUGACGUCCGAGCCGUCCCCGGGGCCUCCCCUCCCCGCCGCCCGGUGCCUCCCUCCGGCCGGGCCGCCAGGGUGUCCCCGAGCCAGCAACACGUGGAGCGGCGGCCGCAGCCCGCCCGCCCCGCGGCGACAUGGAAGAUACACAAUCGAGUGCCGAGCUGCAAAGCACCGAGGAGCGCCCUCUGCCCACAGAAAGCCCAGAAGCCCUGAGUGACUACAGUUUAACCAAACCCCAGGACAUGGAGAAUGCGGACAGUGCCGAAGCCCCGGCCAAUGAGGACGAAGACGCAGGAGAAGAUUCCAUGAAAGCAAAAGAUGAGUACAGCGAAAGGGAUGAGAGCGUCCUGAAGCCGGAGCCCAUGGGAUGUGCAGAAGAGAGCGAGAUCCCUCGCAGCUAUGCAAGAGACUAUCAUGAAUAUGAAAACAUCAAGCUGCAGAGACAUGGCCCGUACGACAGCGGCAGACCAGCCAGCGGGAAGAUGAACUGUGACGUGUGCGGGUUAUCCUGCCUUAGCUUCAACGUCUUGAUGGUCCAUAAGCGAAGCCAUACCGGUGAACGUCCGUUCCAGUGUAAUCAGUGCGGGGCAUCUUUCACUCAGAAAGGUAAUCUCCUCCGCCACAUUAAGCUGCACACGGGGGAAAAACCUUUCAAGUGUCACCUCUGCAACUACGCAUGCCAAAGGAGAGAUGCGCUCACAGGACACCUUAGGACACAUUCUGUGGAGAAACCCUACAAGUGUGAGUUCUGUGGAAGGAGCUACAAGCAGAGAAGCUCCCUGGAGGAGCACAAGGAGCGAUGCCGCACGUUUCUUCAGAACUCUGACCUGGGGGACGCCGCAAGUGCCGAGGCAAGACACAUCAAAGCAGAGAUGGGAAGUGAAAGAGCUCUCGUUCUGGACAGAUUAGCCAGCAACGUGGCAAAACGAAAAAGCUCCAUGCCUCAGAAAUUUAUUGGUGAGAAGCGCCACUGCUUUGAAGUCAACUACAACCCCAGCUACCUGUACGAGAAGGAGAGUGAGCUAAUGCAGACCCGAAUGGUGGACCAAGCCAUCAAUAACGCCAUCAGCUAUCUUGGCGCUGAAGCCCUCCGCCCCUUAGUCCAGACUCCGCCUGCCCCCACCUCCGAGAUGGUCCCAGUCAUCAGCGGCAUGUACCCCGUGGCGCUCACCCGGGCUGAUAUGCCCAAUGGGGCCCCGCAGGAGUUGGACAAGAAGAGGAUGGCCCUGCCAGAGAAGAGCUUGCCUUCGGAACGAGGCCUGUCCCCCAAUAAUAGCGCCCACGACUCUACAGACACGGACAGCAACCACGAGGAUCGCCAGAACCCCAGCAUCUACCAGCAAGGCCACGUGAUCCUGCCCCAGGCCCGCAAUGGGAUGCCGCUUCUGAAGGAGGUCCCUCGCUCUUUCGAACUCCUCAAGCCCCCUCCCAUCUGCCUGAGAGACUCCAUCAAAGUGAUCAACAAAGAAGGGGAGGUGAUGGAGGUGUUUCGGUGCGACCACUGUCACGUCCUCUUCCUGGAUUACGUGAUGUUCACCAUCCACAUGGGGUGCCACGGCUUCCGUGACCCUUUUGAGUGUAACAUGUGCGGAUAUCGAAGCCACGAUCGCUACGAAUUCUCCUCUCACAUCGCCAGAGGGGAACACAGAGCCAUGCUGAAGUGAGCAUCCGUCUCUGAGCUCAUAGCUAAGGGUCAACGGACGUUUUUAAAAACUGCCCAUUAGCCUUACCCGGUAGACUGAACUCGAACCCGCAGCCCCGCCCACUCACAUCAGCUCUCAGUCCAGUCAGCCGGAGCCUUCAGGGAAACCCUGUCUCCGCUUAGAACCUGCAGAGCUCUCCUGUGACUUUGUGAAACGUUUCUCUCCCAUCAGUUGAAUCUGAUGGGAUUUAAAAGCCAAAGAAGUGCCUGGUUCAUUAUCUUUUGUAGCAAUAGACAGCCAUGCGCCGGAGCUCGCUGCCAACUGGAACAGCCCUCAGUGGGCUGCAGGAGACAUUCGCUGGGAUAUAGCAGCCAUAUGUGGAAAAGCCUUUUGAUCCUAUGCCCAGAUCCACACAGCGGAAGAGAUGACCAGCUGCCCUUGCCUUCGGACACCAACACAAGGCAGAAGGGGCAGAAUGUAUAGUCUCCCCUCCCCUUCCCAGCCUAACAGUAGGGAUGAGCCGGCCCUAGAGUGAGCAUCCGCAGCCAGGAAUGGAAGAUUCUCAGAGCUUUCACACGAGCAAAACAAAGCCGAAGCCACCCGAGGACCCUUCGGCUUCACCUGCUUCCCCGUCACCAGGGAAACCCUGAGGUGAUGGUUUGGCCUAAGCCAGCUGUCUGGAGGGAAAUUCUACGCCAGAAGAACCAAUGAUUUGAGUGUCACUGAGACCACAGAGUCAUCUCCCGAGGGGUGGUGGUGCCUGUCUCCUUUGAGAUUGGUAGGGCAGGUAGGGAGCAGAGCUUAGGGGUAUGGAGUUUGCCAAGUUCAACCCCCAGCCCCAGGCGGACAAAAAGGGAAAGAGGAAAGAAAAUGGCACAGUUGGCUGGUAGUUCCUGUCACCUUCCCGGAGUACUGCUUGAAAACCCCAAAGAACAUUGGAAAACAAUUUGACACAAAGGUCUCAAAAUGUGCUGCUUUAACCCCUACCCCAACCCAGCCUCCAGGAGUGAGAUCAGGGAUGAUUAUCUCAGCACGGCCGUGUAAGGUCACACGCUCCUGGGUUAGAAAUAAAAGCCAAAUAAAAUGGCUUUUAUUUCAUUAUUGUAUUUUUUUUUUUUUUAAACAGGGUCUCCUGCUGCCCAGGCAGGCCUCAAGCUCACUAUGAGCUGGGGCUGGCCAGGACUCUGAUGCUCCUGCCUCGGCCCUGCUGGGGUUAGAGAUGAUCGCCAUCAUGGUUUUGUUUUGUUUAGUUUUGGGGGGGAUGCUGUCUUAAAUAGGAGCGGCCACAUUCCACUAAAAGUCUUGGAAGUCUGAUCUCGCUAUGUAGAUAGACCUUUGUCACUACACACACAGGCACCAAGACAUCAAGAUCCUUGUAAAAUUCUCCAUAAAGUCAGCACUGGAAGAGAGGUCACGAAACAUGUUUGCCGAGCUCAUAUUUGCUACUAAUGAGUGUAUGCUUUUGUACAAGUCACUUAAUUCUAAAACCUAAGUCUCCACACACCUAAAAUAAGAGUUGGAUUUAGACCUUCUUGAUGGUCCCUUCCGGCUUUGAUACCUGAUUGUUCAGUAAGCACAGGUUACUAUUAUUUUUUGUUUUAUAUUAGUUUAUUUACUUUACACCCCGAGGGUGCCCCCUCCCUCCCCUCCUCCCAGUCCCCACCACAGGUUACUUUUUUUUUAAAACCUCCUGACGUGUGGACAUUAAACAGAAGAGGCUGCACGUUGAAAACGUGUUUCAUAUUUCUUUGGUGUGAAAAUGUGCGUGUGUUCAGUUUUUCCGUCAGCCACUGAGUCAUGAGCCUGAAGGAGGCGUGAGGAAGACAAAAGGACAGGAAGGUGCUUCGAUCUCGCCAGAGCGUUCACAGCUUGGCAUCUGCUGCUGCCAGGGCCCUUUUUUUUUUCUUUCCUUUUUAAGAGAGUGUGUUAGGGAGAAUGAGUUCUGCUUACGGGGACAGCUUUGUGGAGCCCACUUACAAAUUGAUAGCUUUUAGGAACAUUUCUGCCCGAGCCAAGAACCCCCAAUUCCUGGUGGAAUAUCAUCUUCCUUCUAAAGAGCUUAUGGAUUUGGCUCUCAGCUCAUUUAUGCCAUGCCAGUAAUUAAAAUGUCCCACCUCAAACACACAAAUGGCCUAGCCUGCUUUGUAGCAUGGUGUCUGUCUCAGGGUAAGGGGGGGGUGUAUAAAAUUCCAUGGCAACGGUGUCUGAGGCUUCAGCUUAAAGGCUGGUAUCUUCGUCCACUGCUAUAUCCCGCAGAAUGGGACCUGAGUUGUGACCUUGUUCAUGCCCCAGUGUGAAAAAGGACCUGCCUGCUCUAUCUAUGUUUGAGAUAUUUCACAGCCUGUUGUAUUUUUUUUUUGGGGGGGGUGGCUACAGAGAAAGGGAGUUGGAAAUCAGGGACUAGAAGGAAAAGAUGCAGAGAUGGGCAUUUCCACCAGAGCACUGUUGAGUCUGUGGCGGGGGCACAGACACACACACACAGAUACACACACACACACACACACACACAGAUACACCCACCACACAUUUUGACAUCUCAGAAUGUUGGACUACCGUCCUGCCAGCCCAGAAACCUCUACCGAUCGGACUGCCCUGUGACUGCGGACUCUCUGGAUGACUCCGAGCUCCUGUGGCUCGCUUUCUGAGUGACGUGCACACUCGCAGAGCCUCGCUCUUCACUCUGGUUAGUGCCGUGGUUAGCACCGCCUGUGCGUGUGAGCCUUGUGAGGCCGGGGGCUGAGAAGUGAGAAGGGAUAGAGAUCUGCAUGCUCCAUGGGGCUGUGAAGUCCUGGGUAUCUUCAGCUUCCUCGUGCAGAAGCCCCGGCCACGAGCCCUGUGGAUUUUUUCCUCCCUUGACUUCUGCCACACAUGGGGGUGAGAGGGUGGAGGAUGGGGGAACAGCUGCAGUUUGGGGACCAGCCAAAGCCACAAGGAGUGCCAUUGUAGCCAAGGUGACAGAGUUGGGGCGAGGGUGGGGAAAAAAAAAAAAGAGUAGAGAUGGCUCUCCACAUGCUCCUUGGCAUGAUUUGAAGUGCGGCCCAGAGCUCCGUGGAAGUGUCCAUCCCGUCACCACUCAACUUCACCACCAGAAGAGGAAAAAGGCCACCGAUCAGUAGCUCCCCCAGAGAAACAGUGCCCUGGCUCUGAUAGCCAAGCCAGAUAGCCUUAUCCCUGCUGCCCAUUCGCAGCCCUUCCUGCUUCUGAGUUCAUCCACGACAAAUUUUCUUACCUUUUAUGUGCCUACCGCUUGGGUUGGCUCACCUAUUUAACACCCCCACCCCCACCCUUUUACCUCCCCACCACCACCACCAAAGAAAACGGCCCCAGGUGUCUUUCACAAAGAGGAAUAUUUUAAAACACAAAAAUCUUACUAGUUGAAACAUUAUACAACAGACAAAUGUCACAUGGACAUAAAAGUUUUCAGAGUAGGCCUACAUCACUAUUCUCCUCAGUGCCUUUGCCCCCCUCCCCUUGCUUGUGGGGGCUUGUGAAGGUUGGUGUGCCCUAAGGGGAAAAGCCUUCCUUCCAGGCUAGGGCGUGGCUCAGUGCUUCAUACCUAGAGAUAGCAUGAGAGAGGCACUCAUGCUUCCAAGCCCGGCUGGAAAAGAAAGAGAUAGAUAGAUGACAGAUAGAUAGAUAGAUAGAUAGAUAGAUAGAUAGAUAGAUAGGCAGGAAGACCAUGGGGACAAAGUUGGUCCAUAGUCUCACUGUAAGGUGCACCCCACUGGAAGGCAUGCCGGGAAUCUCUGUGACAGUUCAGACUUGUAAAAGAGCUUGGGCAUCUUUGAGGACACACAAGCCUUGAAUGAAGAUGUCUGCAGCCUUGAAGGAAAAAUUAAGAGUGGUAGAAUAUAUUUUUUUUAACUAAAAAUCAGCACCAAGAGCCUCAGAGGGACGAUAACAUAUAUUGGCACAUUUCAAAGGACAAAGGUGCUAGUUCCUGCAGAAGGUUGUCCAGGAGACCUCAACAGACGGUGUUUCUGGGCACCAGGACUGGAGAUCCGUGCUCUUUAUCUGAAACCAGAGGCGGAACCCGGGCCACCCUAGGCUUAUUCUCUAAGAAAGCAGGAUGGACCCGCCAUGGGAACAAUCAGUGAGUACAGAGUUGGGGACCGCAGGUUCUACUGGUCUUGGAAGAGCCUAGAAGAUAGUGUGGGCUUUGACCUAGACUGAGCUCAGAGAAUAACGAAGAGUGUGCCUCUGCCUUACCGGAGCUGUAACCUCCAUAACCCGCCAAGCCACCAGUACGCCAAACAUAUUGAAGAAGUUGGAUGGACCGUUCUCUCUAAACAUCCCAAUGGUGGGCCCGUCAUCCAUUGACAUCAAUUGAACUGAUGUCUCAACCCGGGACAUGAAUGUUUUGAUGGAAAACGAAAAGUCAUAACUAUCCACCUUCCAGUGUGUUGGGAGGUUUGCUGUAGUCUUGUGUGGAGGGUAAAGUUGCUUUGUGGUGGGGAGGGGUGUCCCGGGGUAUAAUUAUAAGUUUUCUGCUGUCGAUCCUGUGUCUGGCUAGAAGGACCUGAGAGAAUAGCCCAUGGUCACUCUGGGGCCCAUGCCACUGCAGGUGGGGGUCGCAAAUGCCUCACUGGCAGUUUGUCAUGUUGCAUAAGGCUAAAGAUAACGCUGGACCUUGGAGCCGGCGCAGUGAGCCACAUAGAACACGCCUCACGGCCUCUCAACAGGACGGUAGACUAGCUUUGCUCCCUCCCUGUCUGGGAGACCACAGCCAUUGGCCCUCACAGUCUUAAGAGUUGUCCCAGCUGGCCCUCACCCUCCAUCACUCCAGUGAGCAGAUUCCUGAAAGCCCAGAGAGUAGCCUCACUGGGCUCCCCACCCGACUCAAACACAGCUUUGUUUCUUUGUGUGUGUGUCCCCCCCCCCCAAAAAAAAGAGACACACACAUUUUAACAUGUCAGGGAAAUGGAGCAGCCUUUAGAAAUGACUGAUGCGGCAGCCCAUGACUCAUCGACGUGAGCGCUUUUCCAGGCUAGCUGGCAAGGCCCUUCCUGGUGGGUUUGCCUCUGUGGAUUCACGGAAACCAAAUUACUGUGGGCUGAGAAGAAUUAGCAGGUCAUUUUAAAAGCAGACAUGCCUUCACCCAGACUGUGGUUUUGCAUGCUCCGGUUUGCAGUCUCUGAGCACUGAGGAAGGAUCAUUUUGGCUACUGGAGGGGGAAAAAAACCCAAAACCAUAGCUUAUUUUUAAUUUCUGGUUGUCAAAGCCACCACACGUGUGGUCUGUGAAUGACCCUCGUCUGCAGGGUUGAUAUGGGAAGAACAAAAGGUGGUUUGGGGCUCAGGGAACCCUUACCUAGAAGUUACCACAAGGCCUGUGUCUCUCAGAGACAACCCCAGCCAGCCAUGUCUCUCCUCCUCUGGAGUUCUACCUGAAUCCCAAUAUUAGGAUCAUUGUACAGUAACUCCCCACCCCGUACCUGUAUGAAACAGUUUGCUGAUAUUGUCAAGUUUUCUUUGCUGCGCUUGAUUUUGACACUGGUAAACAGAGAAAUAAAAAUCCUGGUGUGUUUAAAAUUA